UUAACGCGAAACUCUGUGGGGAAAACCACAGAGUUGUUUGCGCCUCCCCCUUUAUCUUGUGAGUCCGAAGCAUUUUAAUUUCACUUCAACGCCUCAGUCGGGCAUUUUCUGCGACCAGAGAGUUUGACUUCAGUUGAAACGCGAGGGACAAGAUGUUUUCCUGCCUCUUUCUGCUCAUUUCUUUCCUGAAUAUUCUGCGGUGCUUCCACGUGUCCGCGUGCGAUUACACCUGUCAAGAUAAACCUGUGAUAACUCCAUCCAGACUGGUGGUGAAGUUCGGUGAUCCAGCCUCUGCUACAUGUGUAGCCUGUAAGGAGGCCUGUCUUCCCCCAGAUGAAAAUAUUAUUAAUAUGGAAGUUUCUCUUGGAACGUAUAACAUAAAUGGAAACACAGUGAGCUGGACAGUGAACCAAAUGACUGAGUGGGAAUUAACUCCAAAAUGCUUCUAUACUACCGAAAAUGAUCAGUGUUGCACUGACCUGCCUAUUACUGUCUACAAACCUCCAGAAAGUGUGUCCUUCAGCAUAAAGCCCUCUGGACCUCUGAUUGAGGGUUCAGAGGUCACCCUGCAUUGUGAUGUACUGAACGUCGCUCCGGCUAAAAACCUCAUUGUGACCUUUUACAGAGGUCAGAGGUCUCUAGGUGAAGAGAAAAGCAGCAAUACCGCAAAGAAACCAGUUAAUGAGGAAUUUUCUUUGAGCUACAACAUCAGCAAAGAAGACAAUCAAGUCCAGUUCUGGUGUGAAGCGAAGCUGGAACUGGGAGCUGAAGGACCACAGCCCCCUCUAGUGGUGAAAUCAGACAAUCUCACUGCUACAGUUUAUUACGGACCUGAGCUGAAGGUUCCGGCUGAUCCCGCUCCAGUCAGCAUCGUUAGAGGAGAACCUCUCCAUUUGACCUGCGUGGCUGAAGGAAACCCCAAACCUCGGUACAACUGGACGCUGCCGUCCAACAAAGCCCACAGCAGUGUGACCGAUCUGAAAAUCGACUCAGUGGACUUUCAGGACGGAGGGCAAUAUGUCUGCACCGUCAGCAGCAACGGGAAGUCUGUCAGUGUUAGAUUUGACGUAACAGUUCAAGAAAACAUCAUUCCGUACAUAAUAGGCGCUGUAGUAAUUGCUGCAGUUCUGAUAUUGAUCGGCGCAGGAGUCAUCUACACUUUUUAUUACAAACAGAACAAGAUGGGAAAGUACCAACUAAAGGACGUUUUCCGUUUGGGCGCAAUGCAUCCCACCACCGUUCCUCUUUGUUAGUGAAAAUCAAAUCCCUGGAAGGACAAUGGCAGGUUGAAGAUUCGCUGCAGUGCCUCCGAUCGGAGUCUGGUUGGUGUUGCUGCAGGUUCUCCCUUUUCCCAUCACAGACAUGAAAGACGUUCCACUUUUUUAAUGGAAGUAUUUGCUUCCUCCUAGAUGGUUUAAGUGCUGUCAGAAAGUUGCAGGAACUCUUUGUAUGUGGAAUCUGGAGGUUGUUACAGUUAUUGUCUCUUAACUAUUUGUACUUUGAUGGACUCUUAAUGAUGAAGGUAAAGGGACACAGUCAAUUCCAAAACUGUCAAUCCAAUGUGAAAGCUCACAGGAAAUGGUUUAUACUUUGAACUAAGUUCUCAUGCCUGAUGUGAAAUUGUUCCAGUUUUCUUUUUUUUUUUACAAAUACAUAGCUUAUGAUGUCAUGCACCACUUAGCAUAUUUAUUUAAUCUUUUAUUGCCUACCAUUUAGAGCUGUCCUAUUACAUCUGUUCCUUUAUGCUCUGCUAAAAUGUAUUUUGAUUCGACUGAACUCUUAAAAGGUUGCUCUCAUUUGCACACUUUAGUGAGUUAGUCAUCAGAAACCUACUUUUCUCAUCAAGAAUAAGUUUGUUGUUUUUGUUGUUGCUUUUACUGUGACCACUAUAAUGCACUACAGGGCUGUUGCUAUGCUUUGAUUAAAUCAGCUGGCAAAAUGCCACAGACCAAGUCUGUGGAUUUAUUUAUGGCCAUAUUUAACUCGUACGAUGGUGCAAGAGCAACGCUGGAAGUGACUAAAUACAUCCGGUGGGAAUUUUGUCUCCCCGCCUCUGCUGAAUUUCCACGUCCUCACUUCUUGUCUGCUUCUCCUUCAGAGGUCCUCAUAUCGGGAACAGUUUACCAUCAGCAAUAAAAAUGGUAACAUCUUAGUAGUUUCUAAUUCCUUGGUGAAACAUCGGCCAAAACAAAACCAAAAUCUGAACACUGAGGUAUCCCGACCCACUUUGUGGUGGAGAAUUAGUUUUCUCUGCUAUGCAAUUUAAUGUUUUUCUUACUUAUAGUCAGAGGAACUCUGCAUAGAUAUCUGUAUGUGACAGGAAUCAUUGAUUUUAAUUUCGCUGUCUUUUAAAAACAUCCAACCUUAAUGAGAAAAUUAGCCUGUGGCUAGCAAACCUAUGUAACAAACAAUGGUUGCUUCUUUUUUAUGGAAGCUAAGGGUCAAAUGUGUUUGCGCAUAUGUGUUUCUAUUUUAUGCUAAAAUCACAGCGCCAUAUAGUGGCCUGGCGUGACAACUGCAGCUGACUAGGUAUCCUCGUGGCGUGGAACUUUUCCCCAUUCAAUAUCCAAAGAUACCGGAAGUAUCCAGGCAGCGGUAUCGCAUAAACAAACUAUGUUUAGUUCAAAUGGUUAGGAUAUGAGUUUCGGCUCAGUUUCUGUCAUAGGAUACAAAAAUGAUCAAAUUCAGAGUUAAACCCUCAUAAAAAGUUUUUUCUAUGAAUAGUGAAAAUUUUGCAUCCUGCUGGAUAUUUGGAACAAUGUUCUGACGCUUUUGUGAGCAUUCUGAUUAUUAUUCAGUUUUUAAAAAAUUUUUUAUUUAUAUCUGAAUUAUUGUAAGUCAUUUGAGAUGGAGUGUGAAAAGGAGAGGAUUCAUUUAAUGAAAACCAACUUCUGUGUGUAAAUCUUGAUGGUUGACCUUUAACCCUCUAUUCACUUAUGUGAUUUUCUGGUUCUUUCAGAGGUUGCUGUGAAUUUAAACAUUUACAUGGAUUUUUUUUCUGCUUUUCUUGUGAGAAUAAUGAAUAUCAAAAUAGUUUUGUAUAGAGCGGAUAUGGUGACACAAGGUUUUAAGUUAAAGUGAAAGGAAAAAUACUUCUGGAGCUUUUAACAGCUUCACACUGUUUCAUGGUGGAUGUGUCUGUGCACGAAUCUUUAUAGCUUUAUUUAGACGUGUGUUGUCACAGUGUUCUCUGAACGUCAGUACCACUUGUAAAGUCACUGACUGUAUUUAUAACUGUUUGUGAAAAUAACACGUAAGACAUGCAAAUGUCUGAGAAGACUGAAUAUUUUGUGCAGAAAAUAUAAGCUUUUCUACAACUUUUGAAACUGUAAAUAGAGGGCCAUUUUCUUAAAAAAAAAAAAAAACAUGCUUCCUUUUA